CGAAGUUGAGCGUGAGGACUAAUUUCAACGUUCACAAACGGGGUGGUUGGCGGGGAUGGGAAAUGAUGGAGGACAAAGGCCCUCGUGUAGCCGACUACUUUGUGGUGGCCGGUCUGACGGACCCGUCCAAGCCGUUGGACCAGGAGAUCCACUUUGAUGAUGUCUGCCACAAGACGGCCAAGCCCAAGGCGCCCAUCACCGACGUGGCGCUGGUGAUCCGGUCGAUGGGCGAGGAGGUGCCGCCUGGGUUCACGUGCAUUGAGACGACACCAACGGGCCAGUCGGCUGACCUCAACAAUGGCGGCCUCAUGGCACCUCAGAUAUUCCUUUGCUACAGGCGAGGCCGUGACAAGCCGCCACUCACUGACCUGGGCGUGCUGUACGAGUGGAAGGAGCGACUGAAGCAGGGCUGCCACCUCAUCCAGACCACACCCGCCGGCCGGCCUGCCAACAUCAGCGGUAAUUCCUCUCAGCGCAUCUACGUCACCUACCGCCGGGCUCCCGAGAGCCAGCCGCACGCCGCCCUGGCCGUCACCGACAUCUGCAUCAUCAUCCCGAGCAAGGGAGAGACGCCGCCGCACACUUUCUGCAAGGUGGAGAAGAACCUGAACAGCAGCAUGUGGGGCUCCUCUGUCUACCUGUGUUACAAGAAGUCUGUGGCCAAAACCAACACAAUAGCCUACAAAGCAGGUUUAUUCAGCAGAUAUCCAGAGGAGGACUAUGAGUCCUUCCCUCUGCCGGAGUCUGUCCCUCUCUUCUGCCUGCCGAUGGGAGCCACCAUCGAGUGCUGGCCGGCUAACACCAAAUACUCCCUCCCCGUUUUCUCCACGUUCGUCCUCACCGGAGCCUCGGGAGAGAAGGUUUACGGUGCUGCCAUUCAGUUCUACGAGCCCUUCCCACUGGAGUGCCUGACCGAUCAGCAGCUCUCCCAGCUGGGUCUGCUCAGCCCAGAUCCUCAGAAGCCCGCUGCUCCCACCGCAACAGCUGCCAGCACCAACUCAAGCACCAGCACAGCAAAGAGCGCCGCUGAGACGCGCUCGGUUCACACCAACAAGUGCAUCUGCCUGCUCUCCCACUGGCCCUUCUUUGACGCUUUCCGCAAGUUCCUCACAUUCCUCUAUCGCUACUCCAUCUCCGGCCCUCACGCCCUGCCCAUCGAGAAGCACAUCUCUCACUUUAUGCACAAAGUUCCCUUCCCUUCCUCUCAGCGGCCUCGCAUCCUGGUGCAGCUCUCCCCUCAUGACAGCCUGAUGUUGAGCCAGCCGGUGUCUUCUCCUUUACCACUGAGCGGUGGGCGAUUUUCCACGCUGCUCCAGAACCUCGGACCAGAGAACGCCGUCACCCUGCUGGUGUUUGCCGUCACUGAACACAAGAUCCUCGUUCACUCGUUACGACCAGCUGUGCUCACCAGUGUCACAGAGGCUCUGGUUUCAAUGAUUUUUCCGUUCCACUGGCCGUGUCCGUACAUCCCUCUGUGCCCCCUGGCGCUGGCCGACGUGCUGAGCGCCCCGUGUCCGUUCAUCGUCGGAGUCGACUCUCGCUACUUUGAUCUCUACGACCCACCGCCCGACGUGAGCUGCGUGGAUCUGGACACAAACACCAUUUUCCACAACGAAGAUAAGCGAGCCCUCACGUGGAAGAUCCUGCCAAAGAAAGCCUGCAAAAACCUCAUGAAUGUCCUCAACAAUCUAUACCAGCAGCUGGUUGAUGGUCAGUGCCGUCCUGACGGGCUGCUGGAGCUGAGCAUGAGCGAUUCCUCCGAGCUGAGCUGUGGAAAGAGCCUCCACACGCUGGAGCUGGAGAUCCAGGAAGCUUUCCUGCGCUUCAUGGCGGCCAUUUUGAAAGGCUACCGCUUGUUCCUUCGCCCCAUCACACAGGCGCCAUCUGAGAAAGCCACCGACGCCAGCUCGCUCUUUGACCUGCAAGGGUUCCUGAAGAGCCGCGAUCGCUCACACCAGAAGUUCUACACACUCAUGACCAAGACGCAGAUGUUCAUCCGCUUCAUCGAGGAGUGCUCCUUCGUCAGCGACAAAGACGCCAGCCUGGCUUUCUUCGACGACUGUGUGGACAAACUUUACAGUUCAGAGCGGAGUGCAGACAAAGGAGGGAAGGUGGACGGCGACAGGCCGGAGGAGUCCCGGCUGAUAGAAAUUGAUGAAUCCCAGCGCAGUGAGCACACAGUCUUCAUCACACCCCCAGAGCUGCCGCUCCUGCCCGAGGGGGAGGAAUAUCCACUGUGCUACAGGUAUGAUGGUUUCCCAGUGUUGAGUCUUGACCUGUUCGACCCCUUGGAGGGCCUGCGGACUCCCUCGUCCCGCCUUGCCGCCAGGCACAGCUGCCCCACCAGCCCGGCCCCCAUGUUCAGACGCACCAAGCAGGAGAUCAAAUCGGCUCAGAAGAUUGCCAAGAAGUACUCGUCCAUCCCUCAGCUGUGGUCCAAGUGUCUGCUCCGCCACUGCUACGGCCUGUGGUUCAUCUGCCUGCCGGCGUACGUGAAGGUGUGCCACUCCAAAGUGCGGGCGCUCCGCACGGCGUACGACGUCCUCCGGAAGAUGCAGGCGAAGAAGCUGCAGCCACCUGAUGAGGUGUGUUACCGGGUACUGAUGCAGCUGUGCGGACAGUACGGUCAGCCUGUCCUGGCUGUCAGGGUCCUGUUUGAGAUGAAGAAGGCCGGAGUCCACCCCAACGCCAUCACAUAUGGCUACUACAACAAGGCGGUGUUGGAGAGCACGUGGCCCUCCAGCACCAGAGGAGGAUACUUCCUGUGGAUGAAGCUGAGAAACGUCAUUCUGGGCGUGGCGCAGUUCAAACAGGCGCUUCGCCGCCACGCCCCCCUCACUCAGAGCCCUCUGUCAGAUGGCAGCGACCUGGACGCCGUGAGUCACGGCAGCCUGGAUAGCUCUGCCGACACUAACCCGGCCGAGCAGGGCCCCUUCGCCAGAGUAGACCCCACUGACGAUAGAUCUAGCACAGGAGAUCAGUCAGAUCUGGGUUACAACUCCCUGUCCAAAGAGGAGGUUCGGAGAGGAGACGCCGCCACGCAGGACGCCCCUCUGGACAAAGACGACAAGAAGGAGAGCGACUGCAGCUCCCUGUCGGAGACAGAAAGCACGAAGGGAAGUAAGGACUGCCUCCCUCAGCUGGACUUGGAGAUCAAUGCGUCUUUCAAGCCCCGCGGCAUCGUUCGCAGCAGUUGUCCGUAUGAAGAUAGAGCCAGUAAACCAAGGAGCUCCGCCAGCACAGGCCACGUCGCAGGCCUCCUCUUCACCACUUCCCUGGAUGAGAUUGGCGAGGUCCGCAGCAACAGCUUGCUGAGGAGACAUAAGAGCACUCUGGAGGAGGUGGUGGGCAGCGCCAGCAGCGGCUCGGCCAUCGACUGGCAGGGCGUGAGGGGCCGCCGGCUGAGCGGCGACACCGUCGGCAGCAGCGGCAGCGGCACCACCGUCCUCGGCCUGGGCAUGAGUCAGGCUGAAACGGACCCGGAGAAGAUCGCAGGCCACCUGGGCGCAGACGCCAAGAUCCUCUCCGGCGCCAACUUCACUAAGAGUAAGAGGCCUCACUCGCUGACUCUCGGUGGAUUAGAGGAGGUGACUGGAAAAGCAGGCAGAAGUCUGGAUCCCAGGCAGGAGGAGGAAGAGGAGGAGGAGGAGACGACAGAGGGGCAGGACUCCAGCGAUGAAGACAGGAGCAACACAGACGCCAUUUUUGACUUAGAAGAUUUGGAUUUAGACAAACCAACCACUCAAGUCAAGCCCUACAACAAAUCUCAUAAGAAGCCGGUGGAACGCAGCGCCAGCUACGGCGGCGUGAGCAGUGUGACUCCCAGAGGGGCGGUGAAGCGAACGGGCAUCGAAACCGGCUUCGACCCUCUCUCGCUCCUGGCAGCCGAGUCGCAGUCUCAGCAGCAGAGCGAGGAUCAGUACGCAGAGGGCGACGAGGCCAGCACGGCCAGCGCCCGCAGGAACCUGGCCCGAGAGAUCGAGCUCUACAUGAACCACAUGGGCAGCCCGCUGAGCAGCCGCACGCCCAGCAUGGACCUGCAGGACCCCGCCAGCCCCCUCCUGCUGCACCCCUCCUCGCUGUCUGCCCCCCGCAGAGCCAGCCUGCCCCACAACUCCCCCCUCAGGAGCGCCGGGAUGCCACGCUCCCGCACCUUCCAGCCCCCGUCGCCCUCCCAGCCCAUCGCACGCCAGCGCCUGUGGUCGUCUCCUCCCUGUCGGAGCUCCAGCACGACGCCCAGCCCGAGCCCCCGGCCCAGCCCCCGGCCCAGCCCCUACAGGGAGAGAGCGGACAGGAUGAGCCUGGCCUCUCCCUCUCCCUCCUCUUCCUCCUUCGCCCUGGACACUCUGCUCACGCCGACUCUGGACGUCUUUAAAACCAGCAUGGUCUCUGCUGGGAAGGGCGUGGCGGAGAAGGCCAGCCGCUGGUAUUCACGCCUGGCCACGUACACCACACCCACAAAGGACGGACACAGCGAUCGCCUGAGCGUCGGAGAUCCAGACUGCUCCUCCCUGCUGGACGAGGACGACUGUGGAGCGUCGGAGUGCUCAGUAGUCUCGCCACAAAGGAACGGCCCCGUCGGCCCCCCGGGGCCCCGCAGGAGCCCCAGACGGAGCCCCCUCCGCAGCCCCUCUGGGGGCUCCGGCCAGGGGAGGCCAGCGUCUCUGCUCCCCGGAUGCGUCCUCUCCCCGCCCGGCUUCCCUCUGCCAGACAAGUCAGACCUCGGCUCCUCUCGCUACACCAGCAACACCAGCAUCUUCAACAACUACGCCAUGGAGCUGCUGAUCUCCAGCUGCUCUCGCUGUAAGACCUGUGACUGCCUGGUGUACGACGAGGAGAUCAUGGCCGGCUGGACGGCGGACGACUCCAACUUGAACACCACCUGCCCCUUCUGUGGAAACCCCUUCCUGCCCUUCCUCAACGUGGAGAUCAGAGACAUGCGAGGUCCCGGCAGGCUUUUCCUGAAGGGCAGCCCCUCCGUGGACGAGGCGAUGACGUCCUCCUACUCCGCCUCCACAGGUUUGGACACGGGGACGUCCACCUUGUCCACACCGUGUCCCACGACAGCCGUCUCACCCCCCUCCCCCAUGAUCACUGUGCAGGAGUGUUCAGGAAGGGUUCGAUCCACCAGGGUUCACGGCAUCAACAUCCCUGCAGACCGCCGGCAGGGGGCGCUGUCCCUGGGGGCUCCCAUGGCCCGCAGCAUCAGCGCCUUUGACCCUCUGGAUGAAGCUCCAGGAUUCAGCCGCUGCGGCGUGCCGACGUCAGGGAGUCUGCCCAGCCGUCUGAAUGAAGCCACGGACCCUCUGAGCAUGGAGUGGCGGCUCCACAACCCCGAGCCCGUGACGGUCCCCUACUUGAGCCCGCUGGUGCUGUGGAAGGAGCUGGAGAGCCUGCUGGAGAACGAGGGUGACCCCGUGAUCACGGAGGCCGACAUGGUGGACCACCACCCCAUCAUCUACUGGAACCUGCUGUGGUACUUCAGACGUCUGGACCUGCCCAGCAGCCUGCCGGGGCUCAUCCUCACCUCCGAGCACUGCAACAGAGACUCGCAGAUCCCUCGUGACUGGAUGUCGGAGGACAGUAAACACGUGUUGAUCCAGAUCUUGUGGGACAACCUGAAGCUGCACCAGGAAUCCAUCCAGCCCCUCUACAUCCUGUGGAACACAUACAGGCUUAAUUGUACUCUGUUGUUAGAGAACGUGGGCUACCCCCUGUCCCGGCCGGUCCCGGAGGAGGAGCGGCCGUUCAGCGAGGAGCUGCUGCACGGCGUGGUGAGGAGCAUCCAGAGGAACGACGUGAGCAGACCCAUGGCGCAGCUGCUGCAGCUGCUGGGACAGACGCUCGGCGUCAAACGGCAAAGGAGUCUGUACAGAGACAUCCUCUUCCUCUCCCUGGUGGCUCUGGGAAAAGACAACAUUGACAUUGACGCCUUCGAUCGCGAGUACAAGUUAGCGUACGACCGCCUCACGCCGAACCUGGUGAAGCUGACCCACAACUGUGACCGGCCGCCGAGCACGGGGGUCAUGGAGUGUCGCAGGACGUUCGGAGAGCCUUACCUGUGAAGCGGCGCUCGCCGCGGCUUUCGGAGCAGCUCAGGAAACUGCCGGGACGACGGCGAGCAGCAGCCGGACGGAGGCACAGGCAACGGCGACGGCCUCAAUGUAGCCCGGACUUUUAAUCUCUGAGAGAGACGACGGAAAACACGACCGGCCACCAACCCCGCUCCACCCUCAUCCCCCCGUCUCUCUGAACAUCCUGUGAAAACUAUACAAAUAUACUGUAAAUACAAAGCAGAGGAUUUCUCUUUUUUUUUUUUUUAUUGCAACAUUUAUAUUGUCAUACAUCAUAUGAAGACUAAUAUUAGCGGUAUUUUAACUUGAACUCUAUUUAUACAGACUCAGCUUUAUUUAUUGUCGCGUCCUUCGGUUGUGUGUGAUGUUCCUCCUGUGGUCGUCUCCACGUCGCUGCUCAUGUGGAAAAGUAGCAGUAAGUGCUCAGUGUGCGCUUUAAACUAAAAGCUUUCUGUUUGUUCUCACUCAAAACAUCAAAAUGUGAAAAAGACUGAAGCAGGAAGUCAAAGGAAUCACUUGUUGGAUCAGUAAUACCAAAUAUGAGCGACUUGCAGAAGAUUUUAAAACAGUGGUGGGUGUGGACACAUAUAAGACCCAAACAUGGAUUUCCUUCAUUUUUUAAGUAUCCAGAGGUUAAAAUCCACUCUGGAACAAAAACACCUGUGUCAGCUCAUGUAGAACAGAGUAGAAACACUUUAUUAAUCCCAGAGGGAAAUGAUCAAUUUAGGUUUUUCUUGCUUCUUGUAUUUUCUGGAAAGUGCUUCCAUCAUUUAAUACAGUAAAUGUGAGCUUGAAUAUCCACUGCCACCAGCUACAGACGGUAAAAAUUCAGACCUUCAAAAGGAUUAUUUUACUGGUUGCGUCAUCUUUUCUUGUCCAGUAUCAGCCUCGGCUUGCUCCUCUGUUGAAGCUCGUUGUAGCUGUUGGUGUUUUAAAUCAGAUAAAAGUAAAAAUAAGUGAAUUGAAGACCGCUGACCCGUUUCUUUCCCCAAUAUAAUUUUAAAUCAUUGUUCUGUUAGAAACUAAUGCAGUAUUAAAGAAUUAGUUUUUCAUCUUUAUACUCAAACUGGAACAAACAUAUGAUCUUCUUGUUUUGGGGUUUUAUCUCAGUUGAGAGGUUAAGAAAGAAGAGAUUAUGAAGAGUUUGGCCUACAUAUGAAGAAGCUUUGGAACAAAUCUUUAAAUCACCGCACAAACACAUUUUUCUGAAAGACUCUAAAAUAACAUGACUGUAAAAAGGCAACGAGGUUUGUUGUUUCGUAGUCUGGAAAAACCUGAACGGAAUAAUACGUAAUUGUCACAGUCAAACCACCAAACCAGAAGAUUGACACAGCAGAUUCUGACAAAACAGGUGAUAUUCAAUAAAAUCCAAAAGGGACUCACUACUGCCACCUACUGCUCAGACAUGGGAUUAGAUCAGUCUUACACACUUGAAGCACUCUAAAUCAAAAUUAAAAAAAAAAAUCUUUAUUUACAUAAACUUUGGAUUUCUGUUAUAAUAAUCAUUUGGUAUUUAAAUACAUUGCUAUAAAUAUUAAGAAUAUUUAGAUUUUGUCUGGUUGUGAUACGACCUUAUUUCUACUUGACGAAACAGGAUUCCUGACGGAAAAGCUGCAAACAUUUGAAUUUAAAUCAUUGAUCUUGUUGCCAAAAGCAGCUCAAAGAAGCAUUUCUACCUUAAACUCAGAUUUACAUCAGUGGCUCGAUAUGUGCUACUAUGAGCCAAUGUAAGGUUAUAAAUAUAUGAAAUGUGCUUUUCACAUGUAUUUUAGUGUAAAAGUACGAUUGUUACCUACUAAGGGUAAUUAGUCUGUUUCACCAGAGUUCAUUUUAACUUUAAUUUUCAUUUAGAGUUAAAUGAAGCUGAAGAUGCUUUGAAAUCUGUUUUUUUUUGGACACAUUCAUCGUCUGGAAGGAGAUGAUGAUGGAGGAGGGAUGUGUUGAAUCGUGGAGACCGUAUGAGAUUUUCCCGUCUGCACAGAACUGAGUUUUCACAGGAUAACGGCGUGUGUGUGUGUUUGUAUCACCACUCGUGACUUUCACAUUUAUAGAAAUAUGAAUAUGACUCGAACACCGACGCGAUGGCGGACAGAGGGCCUGAACUGACCAAGGUCUCAUGAGUGUCCGCCAUGUUUGUGAUUUUGAGGCAAAAGAAACCAAAACUGGAAACGUCAGCAAGUUGCACUUUGUUCUUGGGGGAAAAAAAAAAAAAAAAAGGUAAUGUGAGAAAGAUCUGGUGGAUCAGCAUUCAUCUGUGAAUUAAUGU